ACUCGCAUCUCGUCUCUUCCACCUCCACCUUGCUCGCUUCUGGCCCUGCCGAUCCUGCAAUCGCUUGACGCAACCCACCACCAGCACCAGACGACGUUAACAUUGCAAUUGCUACCUCUCGCAAUCCCUUAGACACGAGGCCACGAUGCCAUUCGCUUCAACAAAUCCAAUUGUGCGCGUGGAACCCGACUCCAUGCGCACAAUCGACACAUCUAACGUGGAGAAUCUGUUUGGGCUGUGGUCAGUCUUCUCAAAGUGCGCCGGAACCAUGGAAGACGGCAAACGCCUGGAGAACAUGAGCUGGAGACUCUGGAACCGGGAGACGUUUUGCUGUGCACCUGACCUGUCACGCCCCAGACGAAUUCCUCUCCCGCGGCAAGACACGGCUGACUCGUUCGGCCUGCCCGAACUGUCUUCCAGUGUCGAUUCUCAGUCUUCUGUCAACGACCAGCUCGCCACCUGCCCUACACGCUGCGCUCGUCCUGAGCUUGACCGCGUCACUACUUCCAAGGGUCGGUCCUGCAGGAGGGAAAAGCACAUCACUCCUGGUGAUUUGCAAGAACUGGUAAUCUCCAUCAAGGAGCAGCAAGAUCUAGAGCCUCUAGCACCCCUGCCUCUCUCUCUUCAACCAGACACUCGCCCACAAUCGCGACGAGAAGACAUCACUCCUCGACCAUCUUCUCCUCCGCUACACACCAUUCCCGAAUCCUCGUCCUCUACCGUCGCCACUGUUUGCGACAGUGAGCUUGACAACAUGUCUCCUCCCGUCGGUUCCGAUGUGAGCACCUCGACCGAUCUUAGCUCUCACAGCGUAGUCCGUGGCUUCUCUCUGGGUUGUGCUUCCUCGUCGCUCCGAUCUAAGACCCAGCUUGCUCCUCCACCGUCCAUCCUCAAGAACAGCCCACAGAAGGUCGAGCUUCGAAGAAUGGAGUCAAAGGCAGCCUUGGCUGAGCAAAGCAAGAAGAAAGGUGCCAUGUUUCAACUGGGUACAUCGUCCGACGAAGAUGCUACCAGUUCCGUCGAGACGUCUCACAUGAACCACAGUUCCUUCGCAGAAGGCUUCAGGAGACCGGCUCCAACACGUAAGCGUGCUUCGUUCAAGAUUGGCGCUGAUAUUGCCACUACACAAUCCGAGGAGGACGAAGAAGAAGAAGAAGAAGAAGAAGAAGAGGAGGAUAAUGACGAGAUUGACAGUGAUGCCAUUGAUACGGACGACGAUCCUUCUGAGAGCGCCAUUGACGACGAUGACGAUGACUGGCUAGAUGAGGAGGACGAGAGUGGUCCUUCCAGUGUCAAUCCGAGCGAGCUGUUCCAGCGAGUCGAUUCUAGACCGAACCUCACUUCCCGCCGCUCUCUCAUCACGUCCGCACUCCACGAGGGUGACCGUGUCAGAGCGCUACAGAACGACGCUUCAAGGUCCUCCCCCGCCAUAAGGCGAUCACGCACUUCAUCUCCCAAUGGGCCCUCAAUCGCAGCCUCCCCGAAAGAGAAUACUACACCACAUCAUCCUCUAGAACAGCGUGGUAUGCUUAUUCCAUCAAAGCCCAUUAUCAUGACCACGUCCAACACGCAUCCUCCCGCUCUAUCACCGCGCACUACGCGACGCAACAUGUUAUCAACCGAGCUUACCGAGUCUCUUCGGAAGCAUCUUCUAUGGGAGCGCCAGCAGAAGAAUGCGACGUCCAAUGCAGCGCUAAAGCGACGACACACAUCCACAGACAUGAAGAAUCUGAAACAGUAUCCCGGCCAAGGCGAAGUUAAGGUGACACCACUGGCGCCGAUUCGGGAGAACGCGAAAACGACAAACUCGUGGAACGCAUACUUUGAUCAUGGCCUGCAAGAAUACCACAUCAAGGGCUGGUAGCAUCUACCAUCUCGUCCCAA